AUGGACCGCAGCCCUGCUGCUCUUCUUAAUAACCAGAAAGAUUCAAUGCCACAUAAUGCUGUCGACUACUCGGCCAUAGCAAAUCCUCCUUCCGAUUCGACGUAUCAGCAGCAGCAGCAGCAGCAGCAGCAAGCUCAUCUUCACCACCACAACCACCUCCAGCAUUCUCACCAACUAUUACAUUCUCAAAACCACAACUAUCAUCAACAACAGCAGCAGCAGCAGCAGCAGCAGUCUCAUCAUCAUCUCCAGUCUAGAGCUUCCUCAAGUCUCCUGGGCCCUCAUCAAAAGCAGUCUAAGGACGAUCUGCCGGCUGAAUCCUCUUCUAUUUCUGCUCCCACAUCUUCCACUCCUUCUUCUUCUAGCUUAUCUCAGUCGUUUAUGGACCCCCUCCCAGACGCCACAUUUGUAGCUGUUCAAUCUGCUGCAGUAGCUGCUGCUGCUGCAGGUGUAUCUGAUUUGAUGAUGAACUCUGUUUCUUCAAAAGACCAUGCGUUGUACACAACUGGAGCUCCUUCACAGGUCCCAGAUUAUGCAACCAUAUCGGCUCAGUCAUCCUCGUCUCAUUCUGCUCAUCAAACUCGCCAGAGCACUCCAACUACCAGAGACGCAAUCUCUGAUCCUAACGAUUACUAUGUUUCUGUUGCUCAGCAGCAACUCCAGCAAAUGGCAAAUGACUCUCCUAUUCAGCAGCUUGCUGCACAGUCUUUGCGACAGCACCAGCAACAACAGCAGCAGCAGAUUUCGGGUUCCCAGCCCAUGUCAUACCAUAAUCAUCAACAGCAGCAGCAGCAGCAGCAACAACAACAACAACAACAAACUCGACCGACUCAGCUUCCUUCUAUACCACUGUCUUCAUCUUCUCAGCCUUCCCAACAGCAACAAACUUCAGUAACAUCUCUUUCUCAAACUACAUCUCCUCAACUGCAGUCUGGUCAGCGCCACCACCAAGCAAUUGGAAUGGGUCAUCCCCCCAUGACAAUGGUUGUCCAGGAAAACAACGGUGUUGAAUCUAAUUCCAAAGGCUCUUCUCAGACUACUCUUCACAGAUUGCCCCAAUCCCAGCAUUCUAAAUCUGCACAGCAGCAGGAUUCACGGCAUUCUCUUUACUCAAGGCAUUCGGUGGCGAGAACUAUCACUGACCAACAACAACAACAGCAGCAGCAGCAGCAGCAGCAACAACAACAACAACAACAGCAACAACAGCAACAACAGCAACAACAAGCUGUUGAUGCUCUAACUUUUCAUCAGCAUCCUCAAUACCAACAAUUCCAAAUCAAAAAGGAAUUCCCCUCACCACAACAGCAUUUACAACAAAUCCAGCAACAGCACCAGCAACAAAUGUUACCACCCCCAUCUCAUACAGGUUCUUCCGUAAUCCCUCUUCAGGCAUCUAAUGCACCCUUUCAAGGCAUGGAAAUCAUUACAGGAGGCCCUGUCCAAUACUCGCAUAUGAUUCAAACUGGCACCAAUCCAGCAGCCAAUACCCAUACCCCAUCCGUAAGGCAUUCCAUGGAAGGACUUACAGACCCCACUUCUAUGGACACCGUCGCUGCAGUUGCAGCUGCUGCUGCUGCUGCUGCAUCUCUUAAUUCAGAGAUUGGUGCCGGUCGUGCUCCCCCGGCUCAGGCUUUGGGGCAGCAAUCCAACAUUCGAUACUUGGGCAAUGGGAAUCAGGCAUUCAUACCUCAGCCCUUGUCCCAGUCUCAAACCCGGACUCAAACCCUUCCACCCCCAAGCGUUGAUUCAAUUAAUAGAAAGCGAAAAGCUAGCGACUUGAGCGAGUUUCAUCAGGUCUCUCUUAGCCGAUCUGCCAGCGUGGCUGAUAGAAUGAACCAUGGUCGGCCAGACAUGUCCACUCAUGUGCAACAGCUUCAGCAGCAGCUCCCCUCUGCGUCACAUUUGCAGCAGCAACAGCAAUUGCAACAACAAUUACAACAACCAUUACCAUCUUCUUCUAGCUCCUCUCAUACAUCUCGCAACAGCCAGCAGCAGCAGCAACCUCACGUAGAGCAUUCAGAACCUGAUACAACCAUGGAAGAGCUUGCUAGUAGACUUCGUAAAGCAGAACAGGGUGCUCAAGCCGAAAAAACUCGCCAGGCUUUUGCCAUGUUGUGGCUUCACAAAAACUGUGAGCUUGCAGAAGAUGCCGCCGUUCCUCGCAAUCGCAUUUAUGCGCGGUACGUCGACAUUUGCACUCCUCAUAAUAUCCGACCUUUAAACCCUGCUUCCUUUGGUAAGCUGGUUCGCGCUGCUUACCCUGGAAUUAAAACCCGACGUUUAGGUGUUCGCGGCCAAAGCAAGUAUCAUUACUGUGGCUUCCGCCUAAUUGGCGAUCAAAACAAUGCUUCUGGAAGUACUCCAACUGGCACCCCAGGAAGAUUUGUAAAUAGUCCUGACAGCAUUGGUACAUUUAAACAAUCAUUGGAUGGAACUCCUCUUUCACAAAAUGGGUAUGGCGGCUCUGCAUUUUCUACCCCCAGCCAAAAUCGCAUGUCGCGGGCCUCAAGUCACUCCAUUUCAGAGUAUGACGCAGCUCGCAUUUCGGACCGCGGUUUAGAUACCUUCAACCCUAUAAAUCUUAAUGGAAAUUUGGACUUUGGUCUCCCGGAGCUUCGCUUUCAAGGUGUGCAUAUUGACCUAAAUGAGUUCCCACCAAACCAAAAUUCAUUUACAAUUCCUGGGAUUGAAAAAUACCUUCCUCUUGGUUCUGACCGUGAUAUUGUGAUGACUCUUCAUGGGCUCUACUUUGCCCAUUGUCGUUCUCUCAUUGAUUCACUUCGCUCCAUGAAUAUCAAGAAAUUUCUCCAUUGUCUAUCAACUUUUGUUAGUGGGUUGACUUCACCAGUCAAAAAACUCCUUAAAAUGGAAAAUAUCGGUAUUUGGGCUCAAAAAUGCGACUGGGCCAUGUAUAAGGAAAUGGUCCGAAUUAUCAGUCCUCUUGCAAUUAAAGAUAUAUCAUCAGAUGUUUUGGAAGCCUUAAGAUCACUGGGUCAAACUCUUGUGAGCACUUUGGAAUCCUCGCUUAGUGACAUGUCUGAACGUUUUAUUAGCGUCAAGCUUCGUCCUGCACAAGCUUUCACAAAUAUUAUUGAUCGACUUGUGCGUACCAAUGAAACAGGAAUCCAAGCUGAUAAAAUUCUUAAGGAUGUGCAUGAGAUUCGCAAAAUGCGAGAUGACUGGAGUCAUCUUGAUGCCCGCUCAAUUGUCAUGCGAGAAGUUCCUUGCGGCGGCCUUGAUGUUCAACGGAUUAUUCGUGAUGAUGUUAUCAGACUUCUUACAGAGAGCGAGCAUUGCGCACUUGAGGAGGCUCAAAAUGUCAACAACCCUAACUCUGACUCGUCUAAGUCUAGAAGCAACUUGCACAAAUGGGCACACUUUUUAUCAGCACUUCCAUUACAGUUUCCCAAUGUUUCUGCCCGUUUAUUUUUGCUGUGCAUGAGCACGCUAGUGACAGCAUCGCUACGUCAAAUUUCGCUUGAUGGAGGGACCGGCUUUGGUGCUUGGUGGAUUGUGCGAUGUUGGAUCGACGAAUGGAUGGGCUGGUCGGCAGAAAUGGGCGGCUUUUUAGCAAUAGAUGAACUUAAAGAAGCUGUCAAUUUCCCAGAAGUGUCCCCAACUACCACGGCAACUUCAGUUGGUGGCAACAUGAGUGGAGCAACUGCAUCAACUCCUCUCUCUGUUACCUCGUCUUCAUCUUCUGCGGUUGCCGCUGCCGCUGCAGCUGCUGCAGCUGCUGCUAUGGCAGUGGCAAAUUCCGGAGUGCCAUCUAUACCUGACAACUCUCUUGCUGAACAUCAAUCUCAGGAAGACAGUUAUCGUGUUUCUACUCUUAUGCAUGGCACCAAAUUGCCACAUCAGCCAAAGCAACAAGAUGAAAAUUCUUACCAGAACCCUGGAGUAUUUGUUGAAAUGAAUCACAAUGCAUCCAUGUCUAUUCUUAAUACCGAAAAGGCACAAUCCGAGCACCUACAAAAGCAUGACGCAGAAAAUAAACAACUUGCUUGUUUGGUCAAGUCCGAGCCUUCUGAUGAUACCUAUGGUCCUAACCUUAACACUACAAGCAACGGUGGAAAUACCAAUUCAAAUCUUGGUACAAAUGAGCCCUCGUUGGUAAAUGAACCCAUAAAAGCUGUUCAACAUUCCGCCUCGCCGCAAAUGGCAGCAGGACCGUCAGAGCAGCAAGGUGAAGAGCAAACUGCAUCGUCAGUGAUUGCUGCAGCUGCUGCAGCUGCCGCUGUUGCUGCAGUGGCUGCCGGUAACAGACCAUCUUCCAGUCCUACUGCAUCAUUUGAAGACAUGGACUCUGGAGAGCAAACCAUCCAGCAAAUCAGCGAUGUACUAAAAUCUGCAGUCCUUGAUGAGACUGUAGACCAAACAGGUUUUAUUGACGUUGAUAAUCAUCAAACUCCUGUCGUUGUCGGAUCUGUUCAGCAGCAAGAGGAGAAGCAACAACAAGAUGUUGAUGGUAUGUGUCCUCCAAACAUCAGUGCCACUGUCAGCAGCGGCAGCGAUGGAAUUAAUACCGGCGAUGGCAUUAGUACCAGCGACAGCAAUAGCCAUGGUAGUGCAACAAGCACUGAACCUACUAGUGGUGAUGUGUAUUCUGCCGGACUUACGACUGCAGGCUCGGGAUCUGCUAGCAUUUCUGGCUCUAGUGGAUCUAAUGGAUCUGGCGGAUCUGGCGAGUUAAAGUGUGAUGAUAAAAAUGAUGGUAUGCAAUUUGAAGCAUUCAAUUUAACAACACCGCCAAUCACCGUUCAGCCCGCUCAACAGGAGUGA